GUGACGUUAUUGAUUGGCUGUCACCUUUGUAAAAAUAAAUACGAACGAAGAUAACCUCCCUGGGUUUUAGAUAUAUUACUGUGAAAAUAGUUUGCUGUGAAUUGAAUAAUGACUAUAAUAUCAAAAUUAUUUACUGUUUUACGCAACCCUAAUACGAUUGAAUGUGUCCCUGCAUUAUUACAGUCAUCAAAAUAUAGCAAUGUCCGCUGUUACUCAACCCGCAGGGAAAGCAGUUUGGCUAAGGGUCAAGAGAGAAGCGAUGUGUCUACAGAUGUCCGACCAUUAGGGGAAAAAAUUAAAGAAACUACUAAGACUGCAACAUAUACUGGAGUAAUUUUGAUUGGAGUUGGCGUCACCGGUAUCAUAUUUUAUUAUGUCUUUCGGGAAUUGUUUUCUAGUAACAGCCCUAACAGCAUUUACUCAGAGGCACUAGAAAAAUGUAAAAGAGAUCCAAGAGUGGAAGAUGCUUUAGGUUCCCCUAUCAAAGGUUAUGGAGAAGAAACUACCAGAAGGAGGCGCACUCAUGUAAGCCAUGCUGUGUAUGAAAAGGAUGGAGUCAAACACAUGAGGAUGAGGUUUUAUAUCAAAGGAAUCAGGAACAAGGGCAUUGUUGAACUUGAUAUGAAACAAAAUGAAUAUGGUAAUUAUUUAUGUCGUUACCUGUUAGUGCAACUUGAUGACUACUCUGCCAAGACCUUCAUUAUUGAAGAUAAUAGGGCAGAACUGGAUAAGAAAACAGAUUUUAGCAGUGCACUCUCAGCUCUGACCAUUAAUCAGUGAAUAAAUUUCUAUAAACUUGUAAAUUGUAAAAAGUAACAUAGUUUAAGUAGUAUUUGCAAUCUAAAUAAAAAUAACAAAUUUAUAA